CGACUAUUUCCAAAAAUCGCACAAGCACUGUACUCAUCUGCUCGAUUGAAACAACUGCUCGAAAAUGUGCACCUGUCCACUCCCCCGGCUGCCCACGUUUGAUGCAUUUUUGUUGUUUUUGGAACUGUUUACACUUUGCUUGUCAGAGGUUUUUUUUUCGCUUCGUGCACGAAACAUCUGAUUUUUCCCGUGAAAAUUUUCCUCAUUUUCCGCGGCCGCGCGACUGGCAGACUUUCCCCGUCGUUUGAUUCCGGUUCGGUGCAGUAUGUGCCGCCCCCAAUGAGCAGAAGUUUCGCCGUCGGAUUUCCGGUGUUUGAGUGCUGCCCUUGACGAUUAUUCACGAAUACGACUCCGCCCACUGGAAUCGAAUGUGAAUCAUGAGCAAAUCGAAUAAUGUUGCUCCACCUUGCCGCCAGGACCAGCUGGGUUUCGUUCCGGCCGGGUACGAUAGCGAUAACAAUUCCGAAGACGAGAUGCUGAUGGUGAUGCCAAACGCUUCCACAUCCAGCGGGGAGUCCGGAAGAUGCUUCGACGACGAAAGGAUUAAAAUUGUGCCCCAUAUUGGAUGGCGGGCCGGAAUCGGAGAUCGGGACUUCGACAUCGAGCUGGACGAGAACAUUGCCAACUGGUUCGAGGGCUUCCGGGACAGCUUUAAGACGUUCAAGAAGGGUCCACUGAUUUCGCAACGGUUGCAGAUGUUCUAUAUGAACACUCGCAAUCCGUACGAGUGGUCGCUGAAGCUGUUCGCCAACUGUCCGGAUCACAAUUCGCCGAAGAGCAACUCGUUGGCAUACACGGUCCUGGAGGAGAUGCGUAACUUCAAGAAGCAUUACAACCUCGGAACGGAUCAGCUGGUGGACGAUAACCUUCGGAUGGUGGCGUUCAACUUUGUGGCGAAACAGGGACACUGCCUGUUGUUCCGGAUGGUAGUGGACAUAUUCGAGUUCCUACAGUGCCGGGACUUGUUCAUCCCGAAGGUGCGGGAGAUGAUUGCCCGAAAACAGUACAAAGAGGCUGGCCAGAUUGCGAUUGAUCUGGAGCUGUUCGAGGAGUUUGACGAGCACGACUUCGUGAUGCCGUUGUUCAUGCAGGACAAGAUAUCGAUCGCCGAGGAUUAUCUGAACAAGGCGGAAAGGCUGCAGGGGCCGGUUGUGCAGCUGCUAGACUCGUUCUUCGAUAAGAGACAGUCCGUGGAGAGUCACUGCUCGAGAUAUAUUACUGAGCACGAAGUUACGGACGUCUACUACAGUAAACUGCACCAGAAACCGCUGAGCAAGUUGGUUCAACGAUUGGCCAAAAACUACAAUAUCCCGAGGCAGUUCACGCCGAACGUGAACAAAAUGAAGAACUUCGGGGCGCUCCAAUUUUUAGUACACAAACGGUACUAUGAAAAAAGUUUGAACAAAGAUUCCUGGGACGAAAUGGUACGGGAUACUGUUUCGGAAACGGACCGAGAACUACAGCUGGAACUUGUUUGUCUUUGUUCGAACUUCAACGACCAGCCGGAGGCGGCUAAGUGGGCCUUCCACUAUCAGCUUAAACGCAGCGAUCUGCCACUGUUGGUGCAGGACUACAUUCUGGAGCAAGAGGGAAACAAGCAGGCACCUAGGACAGAUUUUGACGACGAGCAGUGGGAUGCCCCCGAUAGUGAGCCCGCGCAUACGCUCCGACUGGAUGAAUCGCACGUCCAUUUGGUGGACUCGAAGGACAAGUUCUACGCCAUGCUGUCGGAUCUCUGCCGCCAGUCGAUGAUUGCGUUCGAUUCGGAGUGGAAACCGACCUUUGGCGGGGCGAACGAGGUCUCCCUGAUUCAGCUGGCCACGUGGGACGACGUUUACAUGAUCGAUGUCAUGGUCAGCCAGUUGGAGCCAUUGGAUUGGGCGGCGUUGGCGAAGAACGUGUUUAACCGGGACGACGUUCUGAAGCUGUCGUUUGCCCCCUCUACCGAUAUUUCCAUGUUUCAGAAAGCACUGCCGUCUUUCAAUGUGAUGUACAGCUCGCAGAGCACGUCGGCUAUUUUGGAUUUACAGCUGCUUUGGCGUCACGUCGAGCGAUUCGAUAGUUUCCGUUUUCCGUAUCAUGAGGAAUCAGUAAACCAAAAUCUCGCGAACCUGGUCCGGUUGUGUCUGGGUAAGAAGUUAGACAAAUCCAACCAGUUCUCGAACUGGGCUCAGCGUCCAUUGCGGAAGGAACAGCUACGCUAUGCAGCCCUGGACGCAUUCUGCUUGUUGGAGAUCUACGACGCUAUCGAGAAACAGCUGACCCACAUUCAGCUGGAUCCGAACGAGAUUCUGAAUGCACUGCUGAAUGACGUCCGACCCCCGAGCGAUAGUGGCACUCGGCGUGCGGGCAGACAAGAUGGAUCUUCCGGUUCACGGCGAAACCAUCGGGAUAAGUACAACAAACGACAUGCCUAUGCUGAGGACUCAAACAGUGGCAAUUCUUCCCGCGCGCACCAAAAUCGCACCAAGUCCAAAGGAGCUGGAUUACGUGAGCAGCAGACAUUCGAAGGCCCGAAUACGAAAUCUGUACUCGUUUCGGAGGUUCGCUUCGUGUGCGAUCGGAUGCUGGAAGGUCUGGCGAAGAUGCUGAGGCGGUUCGGAAUAGACACCGUGGCGAUUCGGAACGAAAAAGGUGACCGGUGUGUGUUUGUGGCCCAUCAGGAUGGCCGUUACGUGCUGACGCGGGGAACCAAUUUCCACAAGUAUUGCGAAUUCCUGCCACCCGGACACUGCUACAACGUGAGCAACGAUCGCGUCGAGGACCAACUGCUGGAGGUGCUGCGGUACUACAAGGUCGUCAUCCGCCAGGAGAACAUCUUCAGCCGCUGUCAGCUGUGCAACUGUGGCCGAUUCCUGUCGGCGACUCCCGAGGAUGUCCACCGGUUGAAAAACAGCACCCCGAUGCCGACCAACUACCGGGACAUUCAUCGGAGAGAUCCGCCCAACAGCACCACCAGCUCAACGACGGAUAGCCGAAUGAAGCUGGAUCGCAGUUGGAUUUUGGACACGCUCGAGGAACGGCACCACAGUUCGGGCCGGACGGAUGCCGACGUGCCCAUCGACAUCGGCUACGUGAACGAUUCUGUGAUUGCCAAUGUGGAUGUGUUCUACAUAUGUGAUGGGUGUGGCCGCUGCUACUGGGACGGGUCGCAUUUGGAUAAUAUUCUCGCCGGCAAGCUGGCCGACCUACUUUCGCUGAAGUAUGAUUAAGCGAGUGCUGUUACCUGUGUUUUUGAGGGGGAGUUACGAGGGUUGGGGAGAUUUACGAAUAAGCAUAUGAUAACAUGUAUUAAUCGUUUUUGCAUAGGAAA